AUGUCAGACCACGGCUCUGAUAUUUCAGAGGAAAGGGCUAUGCCUCACAUCCGACUCAACUCGGGCCGACAGGACCCCUUCAUUGAUACGGAUGAGGGCUACGCGCCUCUGACAUCGCGAACAUUUCCGCGUCCUCUGACGCCACAGGGCCCCGAACCUCCCGUGAUAGGCGCCCAAGGAGCCUCUCCGUACGGAGUAUCAAAUGCACCCGAGUCAUCGGAGUUCCUGUUGCCCCCGAAGCUGCGUCCGACGCAGGGAGUCACGAGUGAGACUGACCGGCCGCGGUCUCCUGAUCGCUGGUCUGCGGCUCGGUCGAGUGUUAGCUCGCUCAGUCGCGAGAGUACGUUCCCUCUGGAUCCGUUCCAGGAUUCCAGGGCACCUUCCAGGUCUGAGAGUGAUGAGCAUGAUGUCAAUACGCAGACUGUCUCCGAGAAAUUCAAUAUCAUGCCUACUGAUGGGCUUUUGUUGUUCCCUGAGGAUGUUGAGAAGGAUGAUUACAUGCAUAACCCCGAUCCUAUGGAUCAGGAUCGGGACUGUGAUAUGUGUAAUCGUCGGGGUAUCUUGAAUAUGGGUGGAUUGGCUGUGUUGACGUUAGGUAUCUUGGUGCUGUUCAUUGGAUAUCCUGUCAUAACUUGGCUGGAAGGCAUUUUGAAACCGAAAAGUGUAUGCCAUCCCGGUGACACACUCUGCCUGGACGUUGGGGAGAGGGAACUGUUGGGUAAUAUCCGACAGGGUUUGAUCGAUCCAGACACACCAAAAGAGGCACUCACCAAAAAGAACAUCAAUGGCAAGGAGAUGAAGCUAGUGUUCUCCGACGAAUUCAAUAUGCCUGGCCGAACCUUCUUCGAAGAUGACGACCCCUUCUUCCAAGCAGUUGACCUGUGGUAUGGAGUGACCGCUGACAAGGAAUGGUAUGACCCAGAUGCCGUGACAACAGCGGAGGGAACACUGCAGCUCCGAUUCGACCACUUUGAGAACCACGACCUCCAAUACAGAUCCGGAAUGGUUCAGAGCUGGAACAAGCUCUGCUUCAAGGGAGGCCGUCUGGAAGCUAGCAUGUCCCUCCCCGGUGAUGGCCAUAUCCAGGGUUUCUGGCCUGGUUUCUGGGCAAUGGGUAACUUGGCGCGUCCUGGUUACGCCGCUACCACUGAUGGUCUAUGGCCAUACAGCUACCAUGAUGGCUGCGACGCCGGCAUCACUCCCAACCAGAGCUCGCCUGAUGGUCUGAAUUGGUUGCCUGGCAUGCGUUUGCCUGGAUGUGCUUGCCCUGGAUCUGAUCAUCCUUCCCCUGGCCGCGCUCGCAGUGCUCCUGAAAUUGAUGUUAUCGAAGGCAGUACUGCACCACUGUAUGGCGACAGUGGCCCUUUCGUUGGUAGUGCCUCGCAGAGUUUGCAGACUGCACCAUUUGAUCUGUGGUAUCUCCCAGACUAUGACUUCGCCGCCGUUUACGACCCACGCGUAACUGAAAUCAACUCCUACCGCGGUGGCGUCUACCAACAAGCCAUGUCCGGCCUAACAAACCUGAACACGCGCUGGUACAACGGCACCGAAUACCAGACCUAUUCCUUCGAAUAUACACCUGGUGCAGAAGGAAACGUGACAUGGUUUGUCGGCGCCGAGAAGACGUGGACGCUCGACGGCCGCGCCAUCGGACCAAACGGUAACGUCGGCCAACGCAUGAUCCCACUGGAACCUAUGGCGCUAGUCAUGAACAUGGGUAUGGCGGACAACUUCGCACCCCAAAACAAGUCCAUUCGCGAGUAUAUGCCUGCCUUCCUGCGCUUCGACUAUGUCCGUAUUUAUCAGGACCCCGAUGACGAGAGUGUUACCUGUGACCCCCCUGGAUGGGAGACGACGCAAUAUAUUAAAGAUCAUCCCAAUGCGUAUGCCAACCAGAACUUUACAACUUGGGACGCUGCUGGCUACCACUGGCCCAAGAACUCGUUUAUGCACGAUUGUGCGGCUACAUAG